UUGGAUUUAACAAAUUAAAAUAUUUUAAAAUACUCUGAAAAUACAAAUUAUACAAAUGUUAUGAGAUAAAAGUACUUCAUUUGAAGCUGCCUUACACUACCAUUUAAUUUCGGAAAUAAUCUUUUUCUAUUUAUAAAAUUCAGGCUAUCAAAGCUAUAAUUAUGCCUGUAACCAAGCGGAGAAAUAUAGCUGAAAAGGAAGAACUACUGGAAAAUGGGGAGCCAGGAACUGGAAAGAGUGACAUCAGGGGAGAUGAAGUUAAUAUUGCUGUUUUGUUGUUUCUAUACACCCUCCAAGGAAUACCCCUGGGCCUAGGGGGGGCUGUUCCUAUGCUGCUACAGAACCGUGGGAUAACAUACACUCAGCAGGCAGAAUUCAGCUUUGUGAAUUGGCCAUUCAGUAUCAAGUUAUUAUGGGCACCAAUAGUUGAUGCCAUAUUUUGUCAGAAAUUUGGAAGACGAAAAACAUGGCUAGUUCCAGUUCAGUAUCUGAUUGGAAUUGUCAUGAUCAUCAUGUCUAACGGAGUCACUGAUUGGCUGGGACCAGAUGGGAAGGCCCCAUCAAUGCCAAUAUUGACUAUGUCAUUUAUGUUUCUCAACUUCUUGGCAGCCACACAAGACAUUGCUGUUGAUGGAUGGGCCCUCACCAUGCUGAAAAGGUGUAAUGUUGGCCACGCAUCAACCUGCAACACUGUUGGGCAAACAGCUGGAUUCUUCCUUGGCUAUGUCUUGUUCUUGGCUUUGGAAUCCCCCUACUUUUGCAAUAAAUACCUCAGAUUUGAGCCGGAGACGACUGGCAUGGUCACCCUUUCAGGAUUCCUCAUGUUUUGGGGAUGGAUUUUUAUUUUGACAACAACAUUGAUUGCCUUCUUGAAACAUGAAGUGGACGAGUCUGCUAAUGACAAAGACAGUAAGGCUCGAGGAAUGAGUGACAUUGUGAUCGCCUACAAACAACUCUACACAAUCAUCAAACUGCCAGCUGUGAGAACAUUGGCUUUAGUUCUCUUUACUGCUAAGAUCGGUUUUUGCGCCAGCGACGCGGUGUCGGGGCUGAAGCUGGUGGAGGCGGGCGUGCCGCGCGAGGACCUGGCGCUGCUGGCCGUGCCGCUCGUGCCGAUACAGAUCAUCAUGCCCGUGCUCCUAGCGAAGCACACGACAGGCCCGGAACCCCUGUCCCUCUGGCUGCGUGCGUUCCCGCCGCGGCUGCUGGUGGGCCCCGCGGUGGCGGCGCUGGCGGCGCUCACGCCCGCGCUACUCGGGGACUCCCCGCCCUCCUACUUCUAUCUGCUGUUGCUGAUGUCGCUUUAUGCUUUCCAUCAGACGUGUCUCUACUGCAUGUUCGUGGCGGUGCUAGCCUUCUUCGCCAAGGUGUCUGACCCGGCUGUCGGCGGCACCUACAUGACUCUGCUCAACACCGUGUCCAACCUCGGCACGAACUGGCCCAACACGCUGGCGUUGUGGGCCAUCGACCACUUGACCUACAAGAAGUGUACGGCCCCCGAGUUGACGGAUAACAUGUGCGCGAAUCCUUUGGAAACUGAGGUGUGCACGGGAGCCGGCGGCAAGUGCGCGACAACCCUGGACGGGUUCUACACGGAGACGGCAAUCUGCCUCGUAGUCGGGUUCCUGUGGCUGCAGUGGGGGCGUCCCACGAUACACCGGCUGCAGCGGCUGCCGGCCUCCGCCUGGCAGAUACGCUCCGUGCUGCGCAGAUAAGACUGUCUCUUUUGUACUUGUGCCUAAAUUGUAAUAGUUCUCCGAUUCUAACGUUGCACAUUUUACAUUUAGGGCUGUCAAACUAGGUAUUUAUUUUGACAGCUCUACAUUUAAAUUGAGUUGAUUCAGAAUCGCUCUGAAUAUGUAUUGAAAGUAUAUUGUAUUUAUCUAGUUUAUACCUACUAUCUUCGUACACAUACAGGUGAUGGGCAGACACGUCAUGCGUCAUAGUUCUAAUCAUCUUCAGUCAAUAGCUGAUGACCAUAGGCAUAAUAGGGGUAACCUGUUAGCCAGGAGGUCACAUUCAACAACAGAUAAUUAUCUUGCUCGAAUCAAAUCAUCUAUUAUAAAAAAAGCUGGUUCCGUUGAAUACGUGACACGGUUCCUAUGCUACGGCUGUUUUGGUGGAUGAUACUUAUUUGUUCCUCCCUUAGGGGCAUUGCUCUUAUAUUAUUCUUUACCACAUAAUAUUCUUUAAUAUUUAAUCUUUAUUUCUUUCUCUAUCCCAAAAUUUGUUUCUACUUUUGUAUGUUAAAAUAUAAUUAUUUUGUCGAAUGCCUACUUUCCCAAGAUGUUGUACAUCGUGAGCUGUGGCAAUAUAAAUAAGCGCUAGUACAUGCCCCAAACAAUAAUUAAUAACGAAUAUUAGUCCUUAUACAAUUUCAUAAUGUAUACUAACUAGGUUUAGGGACACGCCCCAAAAUCUCCAAUGGACAAUAGUCUUUAUUGAUUUCUAGUUGUAACCGCGCAUAUUCAUUAUAAAUAAAAAACAAUUCUAUUUUUAAAACGCACAUUUUUAAAUCCGAAGAAAGUUAAAUCAUUCACUGUUAAGUAGGUAUGUCUUUAAAUUUAUUCUUUAUCAUGAACAGGGGAUAGAUAUCUCUAGAUAUAUUUUGUAGAUAUAAAGAGAGAGAAUGAGAAUAAAAUGUGUAUAUGGUUGUAUGUAAAGUUUUAAAAUAUGUAAGUACUAUUUAUUUUUUUACGAUGCCCUGAAAAACGUCUUGGAAGCAGUUGAGAAAACAAACAUUUUUAGGUUAAAAACCUGUAUCAAGGGUACUCGAGACACUAACUUUAAUAGUACAAAUUAUUUAUUUUAUAUCAAUUGUUAAUGUUUUAAGUAUGGUUUAAAAUAAAACAAAGCUUUUUACAUCCGA